AUGGCUGCGAAAGCAACAAUUAUUUGUUUCAUAAUCACAUUUCUAAUACUAGGAGGAAUAGCAGUUUUGAUCGCUUGGUUAGCCGACAAGAUGAAAACCCCUACAUUCUCGCUCGAUCAAGCCGCCGUCGAGGAUUACAAUUUCACCGCCGACAACCGCCUCAACGCCACCUUCACGGUUGUGGUACGGUCCCACAACCGCGAUCCCAAGUACAAGAUUGACUACCGUGUUAUUGUGGUCUCGGUUUACCAUAGUGGGUACACAUUAGCGUAUGAUACUUUGGGCCCGUAUACCGCACCUCAUGGGGCUGAUAUUAUAUUCACGGCCCAACCCACGGCCCGAAAUGUUAUGAUUGCGAAUUCGGGCAUGGCUAGGGAUGUAAGGAAUGAGACUCGGGCCAGGGAGCUCGGGUUUGAGGUUCGCGUCCGGGCCGCGGUGAGAUAUGAGGUUAAGAGGUGGAAGCAUAAGAAUUAUACAUUGAGGAUUACAUGUACUCCUGUGCUAAUUAGUUUGUCUUCUGGGAAGAGUUCUCAAAGUACAAAGUGUGAUGUAGAUCGUUAUUGA